GCCAGAGAGCCACUUGCUAAAACAUGGCCAGCGUAUCUCUUAUAUCGGCAAAUCUGGCUACAAUCUGCUUAGAAAGUCUUCUCUAUGGCAUAUUCCUUGUGCUCACGGUCCUUUUAUUCUGGCUACUUGUACAACGUCAUCGACAGUCAAGUAAUGCCCUGCCGCGCAGACUGAAAGCCACUUGCAAUCCGUUAUACACGCAGCCGAUGUUUGUCGCAGGAGUGCUUCUUUUGAUGUCGAACACUCUGCAUUGGGUCAUUGCCGUAACUCGCCUUUUCAAAGCCUUCGUCGACUUUGAAGGAGGUGCACAGCCUCUAGCUUUCUAUGGAAACUUGUCUCAACCGACAGAGGUCAUACAAACUGGUGCUAUGGUGGCUGCUGUCGUCCUUGGGGACGCGAUGAUCAUUUACCGCCUAUGGAUCGUGUGGGCUUACAACAAGUAUAUCAUUAUUCCGUCUAUAUGUACGCUGCUUGGCUUGACAGUGUGCGGAAUCGGGGUAACCUACCAGCUGUCCCAGUUUCAUCUUGGCGAAAAUAUAUUCGCAACAGCAGCAGGGCGGUGGAUUACAUGCAACUGUGUGUUCAGCAUGAUCACCAACAUUUAUGCAACUUGUAUGAUUGCGUGGAAAAUUUGGAGAGUGAAUAGAGUGGCUUCCCACUAUUCUGGAACAAAUCUGAUGAAUGCUGCUGCAAUCAUGGUGGAAAGCGCAUUCCUCUAUACCGCCUGGAACUUUUUCUUUUUUGUGGCAUAUCAAUCCCGAUCCAACCUACAGUUUACGGCCGUCGAAACACUGCCGUUCAUUGCGGGAAUCGCAUUCAUGCUUAUCAACGUCCGCGUCGGCCUAGGCUGGGCGUACACAGCUGAUCACCAUUCACCAGAAGACCAGCAGAACACGGUGUUCCGUGGCCCACUUCAUCGUGGUCUUGAUGAUACAACGCACUCCAUGCGUCCACUCACCAUAAACGUGACACGUACUACCGUUCGCAGUGAUUCUGGACUGAAACUCCCAGACGGUACAAUGACUGAUACGGUUUGAGAACCUGAUGUUCUGUUUUGAUAUUGUUCUCAGUGGGGUUAAUCCAGAUGCGCGAAGUCACUGAUGUACUCACCAGCACUUUUUCCUUGUUCACCUUCUAUCGCACGCCGAUGAAGGUUCGCAAGUCACGCCAAGCGUAGAUGAUAUCAAAUGCAUGUCUGGCUGUACGUGUAUAUACGUUGUACGAUGAAAUAGAACAAACAAGGUAUAUGAACCGAA